UUUGCCACCUGUUGAAGGAGGAAAUAUAAUUAAAUUUCCUGAUCAGAUGGAAUUCACCAACCUGAAGCAAGAAAUCUGUGCCACUUGGCUGCAGCUGAAUAGUGAACAGAUGGCACAGAUCAGAAUAACGCUCCUUGAGUUGUCGAGCUCAGUUUCACAUGAAAUUCCAAGGAUGAGAGAAAUCACCAGGUGUUCAGACUUUGCCAGUUCCUUGAGAUUGCUGGAGAAAUGGAAGCUCCUGACACCCUUAAAAGUAGAUGUAAUACUCCUAUUGACCGAUCAAGUGGGAUCCCACACAGAGAUGGUGCGGGAGAAGGUCCACCAGUAUAAGAAGCUUUCCAUGCCCUCCCAUCCCCCUGUGCCCCAAGGCCUAGAUCAGAGGAGGAGCAUUGCCUCAUCAAACCAUGUAGCAAAUUCUCGUCUGGAUCAAGUGUAUGAGUACAUAAGCGAGAACCACAAUGGGCGGUGGGCUGACAUUGGCCGUAGCCUUGGCCUGUCUAGCCUUGUGAGUGAGCUGCAGAGAGAACCAGGCCUCCGGCAGAAGGACAAAGUCUAUCAGCUACUGGAGGAGUACAACAGAAACAUAGACGUAGACCCCGUUCCAGGUAUCCUUCGUGCAUUAGAGUCCUGUGGCUUGAAACGACAACGCAAUAGUAUUGUUCGGGAUAUUCUGUCUAACUGAAGCCCAAGUGUUCCUCUUUAUGCAGAAGUCAGUGCCACUUCAAGAAUGUUUUAUUGUCACUAUUUUUAGAUUUUUUAUUGUAAUUAUAAUUGUCAAACAGAGCUUUUUUCUGUUAUAUUAUUUAUUAUUUUUAUUCCUCUCUCCAGUGAAAGCCACCAGGAUUUUUAUCAAUUUGUAUAAAACAGCUUUGUGUUUUAAGAAAGAAUCAAAAUGAAGAAGCACAAUAUAUGUGAUCUUAAAGAUCCGUCUCAGAGGCCAAUUUAAAGACACCCUUAAUAAAUGUGUAGAUGUAUAUUCUUUAUUUUUAUACUUAUAGCAAAUGUUUUAUACGCUGUAAUUGUAGAAUAUGCUUUAAAAAUUGAAAAUAGUAUAUAUAUUUUUUUUUCUCUCUCUCUCUCUUUCUUUGUUUCUUUCUUUCUUUUUCUUUUUUUUUCCACCAUGAUUCCACCUCAGUAUAAACUUCCAGGUGAAAAAAUGGCAAAAGUGUAUAAGGUUAAUUUUGGAUGUGAAAUAUGAAAAAGGGAUUUUAAAACUGUAUAAAAGGGUGAUUUUACUAUUCAUGCAUUUCUAUGUGUUUGGAGUAUGUCAUAGGUGUUAUUCAUUUUCUCUAGUAAAAAAAAUAUAUAUAUAAGUACAGGAUAAUUGUGUAAACUGCCAGAAAAGAAAUCAGAUCUUCAUCAAUUACAACUGCCAAAUUGCCCUUUGUCUUAUUAUUACUUUUUUACAGCUGUAAAUUAUCUUAAAGCAUUGUAAAUAUCAUACCAGUUAAACCCAAUUAUGUAAAAUAGAAUUACAUCUCUUGGCUUUGUGUUCUUCAUUGCUCCAUAUUCACCUAUUGUUAGUAAGACUUGGCAUAUAUAUAUAUGUGUGUGUGUGUGUGUGUGUGUGUGUGUGUGUGUGUGUGUGUGUGUGUGUGUGUGUGUGUGCGUGUGUGUGUGUAUAUUUUAACACUACAUGAAUCAGUCGCCAAGAGGGGUUUCUAAAAACCCCAAUAAGGAGAAACAAACAGGUAUUCUGUGAUGUUCCCUGCAUGUCAUGGAUAUGGUAAUAAGGAAUUAUGUUAAUCACUUUAUAAUCUUUAGGAGUAUGUGUUCAUAUGAUAGCAUAAUAAUACCUUUGUUCUAUAUAUCAUUAUUACAAAUACUCAAAUAUAAUUUGAUUGACAAGUUUGAAUAUUAUCUUUAUAAUAGGGCAAGAACACUAUUGAAAUCAAGGGGUGAGAGGCUGCCCUAUUCAAAUUAGGACUAGUAUUUAGGAGCAAGCAGAGAGUCAUUUUCUAUUACUAGUUAAAUAAUACCCUCACAGAUCUAUGUCAGUGUAUCAUUUUGUUGAAUCAACAUAUUAUUAUAUUGUGAAAGUAUUGGAA